UUAUGGCACUGGAAUGUGGUUUAUUGUCUUUAUUUCUGCUCCACACUGGCAUCUCGGUUUUGCAACAUAGUUUUUUCUUGCUAGUGAUUCGCCUGCGUUAUAGUGAUUUGCUCACAGCUUGGUGUAACAAGUAUAUAAACGUAACAAGUUCUCGUCUGACAUUCCUGUUUGCAAACCAUGAAUGAGGAGGAUUUGCCGUACGAAGAGGAGAUCUUACGAAAUCCAUACUCGGUAAAGCAUUGGCAACGUUAUAUUGAUCAUCUUAAAAAUACAAAAAGUAAAAAUUUAAAUAUGGUAUAUGAACGGGCAUUGAAGGAGCUACCAGGCAGUUAUAAAUUGUGGUAUAAUUAUCUUCGACAACGAGUGGAUCAGUUGAAAGGUCGGUGUAUAACAGAUCCGUUAUACGAAGAUGUCAACAAUGCCUAUGAACGUGCUUUGGUAUUUAUGCAUAAAAUGCCACGAUUAUGGAUGGAUUACUGUACACUAAUGACUGAACAAUGCUAUAUAACUCGAACGCGUCAAGUGUUUGAUCGUUCUCUUAGAGCACUACCUAUAACACAACAUCAUCGCAUAUGGCCAUUGUAUAUUGAGUUUUUGAAAAAACACAAUGUCUAUGAAACUGCUGUCAGAGUAUUCAGGAGAUAUCUAAAGUUGGCACCGGAAGAUACAGAAGAAUACAUAGAAUAUUUGAUAUCAAUUGAAAGACUUGACAAGGCUGCGGUGAAACUAGCACAAAUUGUCAACCAAGAUGAUUUUGUGUCUAAACAUGGAAAGUCUAAUCAUCAACUGUGGAAUGAAUUGUGCGAUUUAAUAUCGAAAAAUCCUUCCAAAAUAAAAUCUUUGAAUGUAGAUGCUAUUAUCAGAGGUGGUUUAAAACGUUACACAGAUCAGUUGGGACCUUUAUGGAAUUCCCUGGCUGAUUAUUAUGUUCGAAGUGGUCUUUUUGAAAGGGCAAGAGAUAUAUAUGAAGAAGCUAUACAAACUGUUACUACUGUCAGAGAUUUCACACAAGUUUUUGAUGCUUAUGCGUAAUUUGAGGAACUUAGUCUUAAAAAGCUCAUAGAAGAAUCAGCAAAUAAUCCUACUGAAGAAGACGAUAUAAAAUUGGAAUUAAGAUUAGCGCGACUUGAACAUCUAAUGGAAAGGAGACUGUUGUUACUGAACUCUGUAUUAUUGCGACAAAAUCCACACAAUGUAGCAGAAUGGCAUAAAAGAGUGAAACUUUAUGAAGGACAACCACAUGAGAUAAUUAAUACAUAUACAGAAGCAGUGCAAACUGUGCAGCCACAGUUAGCAGUUGGUAAAUUGCACACACUGUGGGUCGCAUUUGGCAAGUUUUAUGAAGAAAAUGGCCAAAUAGAAGAUGCUAGAGUGGUGUUUGAAAAAGCAACUCAUGUUCCUUACACCAAAGUAGAUGAUCUCGCUUCAGUGUGGUGUGAAUGGGCAGAAAUGGAGAUUAGACAUGGAAAUUGCAAGGAAGCUCUAAAACUAAUGCAUCGUGCCACUACAAUGCCAGCUAGAAAAGUAGCGUAUUAUGAUGAAACGGAAACAGUCCAACUGAGAUUGUACAAGUCUCUAAAAGUAUGGUCUAUGUAUGCGGACUUGGAGGAAAGCUUUGGAACAUUUAAGACUUGUAAAGCUGUAUACGACAAAAUAAUUAACUUGAAAAUUGCCACUCCGCAAAUUAUCAUAAAUUAUGGCUUAUUUCUAGAAGAAAACAACUAUUUUGAAGAAGCAUUCAGGGCUUAUGAAAAAGGCAUUGCAUUAUUUAAAUGGCCAAACGUUUAUGACAUUUGGAACACAUAUCUUACCAAAUUUUUAAAACGUUACGGCGGCACAAAACUAGAACGUACCAGAGAUCUCUUCGAACAAUGUCUGGAACAUUGUCCACCAAAAUAUGCCAAAGCUUUAUAUUUGUUGUACGCAAAACUAGAAGAAGAACACGGUCUAGCAAGACAUGCUAUGUCUGUGUACGAACGAGCGACAAAUGCUGUCCUUCCGGAAGAGAAAUUUGAUAUGUUUAACAUAUACAUUAAAAAAGCUGCGGAUAUAUAUGGAGUUCCAAAAACUCGACAGAUCUAUGAAAUGGCCAUAGAGGUACUUAAUGAUGAAAACACCAGAGAAAUGUGUUUGCGGUUUGCAGAGAUGGAGACCAAAUUAGGGGAGAUUGACAGAGCAAGAGUAAUAUACACUCAUUGUAGUCAAAUAUGCGACCCGAGGGUUACAUCAAAUUUCUGGCAAGUUUGGAAAGAAUUUGAAAUUAGACAUGGAAACGAGGACACAAUGCGCGAGAUGCUUCGCAUAAAACGUAGCGUGCAGGCUAUGUAUAACACUCAAGUGAACAUGAUGUCUGCACAAAUGUUGAAUAAUGCAUCUAAUCAAGUAUCAGAUGUUCCGAUGGACGCUAUGCGUUUAUUGGAUAGUAAAAUUACAUCGAAUACAGACACUCAAACCGAACCCAAGAAAGCUAUUACGAGAGAUGCUACCGAUCUCACGGGAGGUAUUAAAUUCGUACGUGGAGGAAUAGAAAAAGAUGGUAAACCAGAAUCUCACGUGAAUAAUCCGGAUGAGAUUAAUAUUGAUAUGGACGAUGACGAUACUGAAAAUGACGAAGCCGAAAUUGAAGAAGACAUACCUAUCGAAAAACAAGCUAUACCAUCGCAAGUAUUUGGCAGUUUGAAAACAACCGAAGCUGAAGAUGAUGAUUAAUACCAGAGAGAAGCCUGAGAGCGGCCAGGCCCAUAAGAGUUUUUGGGUACCAUUAUUCCGGCCCGUAAGCUAGCGCAUGUCCAUGGGUGGUGCACAUUGGCAACUACGUAGCGAUGUCCACGAGCGAGUUGUCGAUACGUAUGCUAUGUCCACGCGUGGACAUGGUUUUAUUCCGUGCUAUGUGCGGUGGACAUGGUUUUAUUCCGUGCUAUGUGCGGUGGACAUGGUUCUAUUUCGUGCUAAGUGCGGUGGACAUGGUUCUAUUUCGUGCUAUGUACACGUCGGUAUACAAGUCGGUACAGACUUGUCGCGUAUGAUAACGCGAAAUGCUUUCUCAAGAUAUACAGGGCCGGUUGUUCCACCUUCAGAUAAAAUAUCGGACAGUUUAUCUAAUAAUUAAAACUCUGAUUUGCGUUGUUCUACGUGUCAAACGCAGCUUUGCAAUUGCUAAAAUACGUUCUGGAAGUGAUUAUUGAGAUAUUUUAGCAACCGCGAGGCUGUGUACGACACGUAGAACAACGCAAAUCAGAGUUUUAAUUAUUAGAUAAACUGUCACACAUCCCCUGAUUUUCCCCGAGCACGCGAUACAACAACCAGCGGAAGGCGUGAACCAGAAAAUGAUGAAUGCCUUUCGUGAGAUGGCUUUACAUAUCUCACAACUAACGUUCAUAUACAUAUAUAUAAUAUAUAUUUGUUAUUUUAAACUUCAAACUCUUUGUUUUUUAAAUAAUUCAAUGGAUUUAUUUUUGUUAUAGAUAUAUUAUUAAGAUAUAUUUGCAGCUUUGAUUAGCUACAAAAUUUUGUAAAGAACCGAAAAUAAACGAGGUUUAUAAAAAAAAUCUCAAAUUAUACAUAUAUGUAAAUUGUAUUUCAAUUAAUACGUUGACUCUUUCUUGGAUUUGAAAACAAUUUUCUUUCAGAUUUAUUCUGUUUCAUUUAACACAAAAGAAAUUAUUGGAAGAAUUUUAUUUACUAUAUAUAAAACACAUAUCGCACACAAAAAAUA